AUGGUGAAGGUUAUGCUUGCAGUAGCGGGCCUCGUUGCCGUCGCGCUUGCCCAGCAGUCGACUUAUACGGGUCCGAUUUUCGACGAAGAUACCGCGCCCUACUUCGGUAGCUCUGGUCUUGUGUUCCCUACAAGUGCCGAUGGUACACCUGCGUUUCCCAGCGCCCCAACUAUCACUCCGUCAGCCAGCUCUUCGACAAUCUCCACUCCCAUUUCCAGCUCCAUGCUCAGCUCCAUUCCCAGUUCCACGCCCAGCUCCAUGCUCAGCUCCAUGCUCAGCUCCGUGCCCAGCUCUACUCCUAGCUCUACUCCUAGCUCUACACUUUCAACAGCCGUCUCACAGAAUUCCACUAUCUCGUCUACCUCAACCACUUCGAGCGACUCAACCAUUUCGAGCCCAGUAACCACUCUGAGCUCUUCGUCUCGUUCGUCUACGUCUGUCAGCGUGUCGCGUACUUCAAGUUCCACGACUGAAGAUGCUACUACAAGUAGGCUAACCCCUUCUUCGACUUCGACUGGUGCGGCCGCCACCAACUUUCCAGAGGCUCUUGGGAUCAUGGUUGGAGGUCUUGUGGCUGGUAUGGCCAUGCUUUAG